UUGUAAUCGAUGAUAAUUUAUCGAAGCUACCUCAAAGCGGUUGAGUAUUUCUGUCAUCCCAUUCAGCUUUGUUCAAAAAUUUCAAGUACUUUUGAGUGAGUUACUCACAGAUAUUUCUUUUUGUAUGUGCUGUCUUUUCGAGGUUUUAGUAUACCAUCAGUUCGUUAGACAGAAAGUUUAGAACUUCUGAUGCUGAGAGAAUUGCAGUGCUUAUAUUUUACUAGAAACAAAUGUUCUGAUACAAAAUGAAGCAUAUUCUUAUGUUGCCAAUGUUUUUUGUGGUUGCAUAUGGUAUUACUUGGCAGCCACAUAACUCAACCACAAACACUGGAGAUUUGAAUUCGGCUAAAUUCUGUGAAGACAUGGAGGUCACAAACACUCCAUUUUAUACACUAGUUGCCACUGGAUCAAGCAAUAUAAAAUACGAGAUAACUGGAGCUGAAUUCCUAGUUUAUGUUGAUUUAAAUGAAAAUACUGGGGAGCUUACAUUAUUAGAACAAAUUGAUAGAGAGACAACACCUUCAUUUACAAUUAAUGUCAAAGCAACUGCUGGAACAGAAUCUGAUAUUGAGACUUCAACGAUCGACAUAAGUGAUGCAAACGACAAUGAUCCAUUUUUUCUAGGCCUUCCUUAUAGUAAGAGUGUUUUAGAAUAUCCAUGGACAAAUAAAACUGUGCUUGUUGCCGAAGCAACUGAUAUAGAUGAUGGAUAUGCUGGAAGUGUUCGUACUUAUACCUUCGAGGAGGCAACAAACCAGCUGAACUUUACUGGCUAUCCUGAUUACAUGGUAUUGGUAAAUGAAAAUGCAAAAAUAGAUUAUGAAAGCUCUCCGGUUAUAAGUGCAACAAUUACAGCUGAGGAUGGGGGAUCUGCAGCAUGUGGUGGAUCGGAAACACGAAAGGCUUCUGCACCUGUACUUGUUACUGUAUUGGAUGGACCUGAUAGACCACCAAUUUUUACCAGUGCUCCUUACUAUGUGACUAUAGAGGAAAACCGUCAGGAGGAUCUUGUGCAAGUAGAAGCACGAGAUCAGGAUUACAGUCUUAAUUGGGAAAUUGAGUAUUCCUUGGUUGAACAAGAAGCAAAAAACAUUCUUACCAUAGAUUCAACAACUGGCCAAAUAGCAGUCACUGGUGAUAUUGAUGCUGAUAGCAAUCAAAACAAUGGGGUUUUUCAAUUUUCAGUUAUGGCCAAAGAAAAAGUUCCAGCAGAUAAUACAUUUCCAGAUAUGGGAAUUGGUUUUCCACUUAAUGCUACAACAACUAUUAGUGUCACUGUGGAAGAUAUUAAUGACAAUAAACCAAUUUUCUACCGAGUGACUGACUCUAGCACCAACAACAUAAUAAAGGAAAACAACUUUAAUGCAACAAUUGAAGAAAACACAUCUAAUUUUAUCACCAUUCCUGGGAUCAAUAUGUUUGUUAAAGAUCUUGACCAGGCUGAUAAUGCAGUUUUUUCUCUUUCAACAACAUCCAAUGCCUUUGAGGUUGUACCUUCGGAGGUAAAUGGGGAAGCUAAUAUCAAUCUUAGGGUAAAAGAUUCAACUUUACUUGAUUUUGAAACGACAAAGGAGUUUCAAGUUGAAAUCGUUGCCAGAGAAAUGCGUACCACUGAAAAAUUUUCAGCUUCAGCGACUGUUGUCAUAGAGUUAACAGAUGAAAAUGACAAUUCACCAGAAUUUGGGCAAGAUACAUUUUCUGCAAAAGUUAAGGAAGAUGCAAAAGUUGGAACACCAGUUGCUUUUAUUAAUGCAACAGAUAAAGACACAGGAAUAAACAAAGAAAUAACAUACAGCAUUCUCCCUCCUGACAUUUUUGCCAUCAACCCAAAUACCAGCGAGGUCAGAGUAAAUGCAAACCUUGACCGAGAAAAAAUAUCAAAGUAUUACUUAAGCGUUCGUGCUACUGAUGGUGGAAAUCGUUUUACCACCACAACGUUAGAUAUUACUAUCUUGGAUGUGAAUGAUGAAAUUCCUCGAUUUCAAAGAAGUUCAUACUCAGCAGUUAUCAAAGAAGGGGACGCGGAGUUUAACCCAAAUGUUGCAGUUUAUGCAGUUGAUGAUGAUGAAUCAAACACAACAAACAGCAUGGUUAAAUACUAUGUUGCUAAUGGAGAGCUCUCAGAUAACUUUACGAUGGAUCCUUCUGAUGCUCAGUAUCAGAAAGAAGGCAAUCUGCUCCUUAAUUCUCCAUUAGACUUUGAAUCUCUUCCUGAAUCACUUGUGAAAUGUGAGAAUGGGGCUGUCGGGGUUAUUCUGCUAACUAUAGUUGCAGAGGACCAGGGAUCCCCCAAGCAAAGUAGUUCUGUAAAUAUUACAAUAACAGUCGAGGAUGUAAAUGACCAUAAGCCAUUUUUUGAAAAUGGCACAUAUCAAAUUGAGGUAGCUGAAAGAACAUCUGCACUCACUGAAGUAUUAAAGUUAAAAGCUUUUGACAUGGAUACAUGCUCUCCAAACAACCUCCUUGAUUAUUCGAUAAGCUCCGAUGACACUUCUGAUUCUUUUAUCAUUGAAACCAUGGUAGAAGAUGACCACCGCAUUGGUGUCUUAAAGAAGAAGACCGCCCACGCUGGGAAGACUUUGCUAACUUUGCGUGCUGUUCUCUAAGUUUAACCUUGGAAGAUUUUACUUUUCGUACCUUUAUACUAGUCUUAUCCGUGUUGUCGUUCGACUUGGUUGAUGUUUCAAGCGCAUCGUUGCUUGACGCGAUCCGAUGCCGCUGAGUAUGCAAGUUGAGUAUGACGUCAUCAUUCAGAUGCCAACCUUGCUCUCCGUGUGCUCCGUAAUUGACAACAUCCAAGAAUGUCGCCUGGGAUGAAUCGCCCGUCUUUCCCGUAAAUGUAUUCGUGAUGCGCUGGGAGAUGGCUCUGCGAACUUUAGCUGUUGGUCGCACAGUCAAUGUGC